CCUUUUGCCCUGUCCUAUACUUCAGUCUUUCUCUCUAUCUCCCAAAAAAAAAAAAGCCUUGUUUUUUCCUCUCAAAACUACUACUUAUUUCUUCACCUGUGCCAAGACUUGAACUUUCUUAAUUUCUUGCUUGUUUGUGAUGGAAGGUGGCUUAGUUUUACUUGGUGGUGGUGGUUCUUCUGGGGUUUCUACAGAUGAGUCAGCAGUGUCUAAAGUGGAGGUUGUUUCUGAGGCAAGUUCAUUUCCAGCUGAGAGUGAGCUGGAACUAGGCCUGGGGCUGAGUCUUGGUAGAAGCAGUGUUGGUACUACGGGGAGGACCAAGGCUGGUACUUCUUCAUGGGGUGAGUGUGGUAGAAUCUUGACUGCAAAGGAUUUCUCUUCAGUGGUUUCUCAUAGAACUAAUAAUGGUGGUCCUUCUUCUGUCGCUGUUUCUGAGACCAAGAGAGCUGCUGAGUCCAUAUCCCAUGAAGGUGGAUCUCCUACUGAUGUCAGAUGCAGUCAAGUUGUGGGAUGGCCUCCCAUAAGGGCUUAUAGGAUGAACAGCUUGGUUAACCAGGCAAAGGCUCCAAGAGUUGAAGAGGACAAGGAAAUUGGUGAAAAAGAUAAACCCAAAGAUGCUUUGAAAAAGAAACUUUAUGAUAGUUCUGCUGUUAAUGACAAAGGGCAUCUUGGUUUCGUAAAGGUGAAUAUGGAUGGAAUUCCAAUAGGAAGGAAGGUGGAUUUGAAUGCUCAUUCUUGCUAUGAGAGUUUGGCCCUAGCACUCGAAGAUAUGUUUCUCAGAUCUGCCAACUCAGUUGGUGCAGGGAUGGAACAAGUAACAAAGCCCUCUAAGCUUUUGGAUGGAUCAUCCGAACUUGUUCUGACUUAUGAAGACAAAGAGGGAGACUGGAUGCUUGUAGGAGAUGUCCCAUGGAGGAUGUUUCUCAGCUCAGUCAGAAGGCUACGAAUCAUGAGGACCUCUGAGGCUAAUGGACUUGCACCAAGAUUUCAUCAAGGGAAUGAAAGGCAAAGAAUCAAACCCAUUUAGCAUCAUCGCCAUCUGUCUUUUAAAUUCCAGAAAGAAAAAGAAAAUCCCACAGUUUGAACGCAGACAAGCUAAAGGAAAUUAGAGAAGUUGAUGAGUUGAUGCAUAUAGCCAAGAUUGGUUUCUCACUACUUGUCACAGUCGUUCUCGAAUCAUUAUAUUGUUCUUACUGCUUUUUUGGUUUUGUUAGGUCAUAUUCAAUUUAGAUUUCUCUCUUAUAUAGUGCCAUCAUACAGUCACACAACCUUGACUGGAAUGCUGUUUUAUCAUACUGUAAAUAUAGGAGUACUCGAAAUCUAGAGUGUUUUGAGUUUUGCUGCAAUCAAGCAGCUCAGUUUUACUUUUGUGAUAGAAGACAUGUUUGUGUGAUUUUGAUGUUAAAGUGCUUUUAUUCUGUUGGUU